GUCAUGUCUGAUGCUAGGAGCUUGCAAGACGGGUUUCUUGUUAUUAAGACCAACUACGCAUCUUAGCUAGAGUUCAAGCUUGGUUUUCGGAACCGAAAAUGAAACACAGAAUUACAUACUUUCUGCAUGAUCCGUCUGAGUUUGAUAUAUCUCAAAUUGAAGUAAAGUCCGAUGCACUUUCUGUAGACUCAUUGGAUGCCGCGAAGGAGCAUCGGAUAACACUCGGUUUGAGUGAACUUCCCCCCGAACUUCGGAGAGCUUUAUCAGAAUGUUAUGAGCUUCACCUUCGGUGGACGCGGCCCACGCCCUACUACCAUGUGUCUCCUUUACUGUCACGGUCAUCUUCAGGAAUGCAUCUCUUUUACACUCCACAACUAGGGAGCUCUCAGAACUUCUUCUGCUCAGCCUUCAAGCAGAUAUUCGGGGAUGACCUGAAGUGUAUCAAUCCAGCAACAACGUUCACUAAUGUCUCAAUCCUCUCCGAACGCUUUGCCACAGGUGCAUCUCAACAGUAUCAUACAAUGCUUUCCAGCCUCGCUGAGCUUAUCACAUAUCUAUCGCACAAAGUCUGUAAAGGCCGCGAUUAUGCCUGCAUUAAACAAAUGCAGUCACUUUCCAGUGCCGCCUAUCUCGACAUUGACUAUGACACGAUCUCUCACGCCCUAACAUUCACAGCAUUCUGGGACUCCGCCCCUUCCUCUCACGGUUGGACAGACAAGCAUUCUCAGCUUGGCCCAACACAUCAAACCGAAGUUGGCAUCCUGAACUCAGAAACUCCAACAGAGCCUGAAGAGCUUAAACUAGGUGGUUUUCUCACCGUCAUUGGCGAGGACGAUCACCCGAGUCCAACGCUGUUUGCCUUUCCGUCCCGGCAUCAGCCACUCCCUCAAUCAUCGGAGCUCGACUACCGAACAGCUUUCCGUGACCCAACCGGGCUCCAUCCUGUACUACAGCUAAUCUUUCCUUCCUCUCAACUGGAAAGCCCAGGUGAAUCCUGUGCUCUGCAUACAUACCUCACGCUGCCGUCAUACCUUUUCAUUGAUAAGUACCAACUCUCCGACCCGCUAUUUCUAGCUUCGCAAAACCUAGUAGCCCUGCACUCGAUUGCAGGUGAGACAGAUCUAGAGGCGCCUGACUGGAUUAUCAAGACGUGGGGUUCAGCCGCCCUUUUAGAGCUCUCAACCUCAAUCAGUACUAGUGCUUCGGCUGAUGAAGAGCUGACAGUGUCCAUACCGCUACAUCUGAGGUAUCUAUCUCCGAGCAAUGCUACCUUGGGUCAAAUUCAAGUUCCAGUUCCGUGGCCGAUUGUGUUCUGGGCAUGUGUGGCAGAUGAGGGAACAAAGAUGAAUGUGAACCCGUUCGAUAGGGUAAAUCUGGGAUACGACGGAUUGUUUGGGCCUAGGACAAUGUUCUACCAUGUACCUACAGCACCGACAAAGAUCCUGGUUCAACAUGUGCGGGUCCCGAUUCUGAACCUUGAUGACGCACAGUAUGUGGAGAUUGGAACAGUAUUUGCGAUUGCGUUAGGGUCGCUAUGGGUAUUGUGGAAGUUGCUGAGAGUGUGGACUGGAGGGUACCAUGAAAACGUGUCUAAGAAGACGCAAUGAAGUCGCGCGACGAUUACAGUGUAGGAUCAAGUUCUAGAGUAUGAUAUUGGCCUCGACCUUUAGACUCUGCAUGUGCGAGAGAAGAUAGUAUAGUCUCCCCUUGUCAGGCGCCCGCACUUCAUCCAAGUCUCCUGCAUAGGCAGGUAUUUACGAAAUAUAUUGCUCUCAUUGGAAUACAGUUUGUGUGACCAAUGCACACCAUUGAGUAGUACGCGUUGAAGAG